CAGCAGCGGCGGCGGCGGGGGCAGCUCGAGCAGCUGCGGCGACGGCGGCAGCCCAGCCUUGACUGCGGCUGCUCUAGCCCCAGCGCCCGCUGCUUGAGCCCGCCGGCAGCGUGCACCUCGGGAGUCGGCCCGGGAGGUUGGACAGCAUUUGGACUUGGAAUGAAACAAUAAGAGGUUCCAUUCAUGGAUAACCAACAAGAUAAGGCUGUUGUUGCCUCAGCCAAUGGAGAAAACACUAUGAUUAAUGGGGUCAAGGAAAAUGAUUCAGAGGACCAGGAUGUGGCAAUGAAGUCAUUUGCAGCUCUAGAUGCUGCUACACCAAUCCAGCCUAUACUGGUGGCUCAAAAAGAGAACCUGAUGUAUCCCAGAGGUCUCCUGCCUCUGCCCUCUAAGAAGCCCUGUAUGCAGAGCCCUCCCUCUCCUUUGGGCCUGACUGAAGCACCUGAGCAUGCUGCUAAUAGUGCUUCUGUGAAUGCCAUCUCCCUUACAUCUGGUGUUUCAAAAGGCCUGAACACAUGGUCACUGCCCAAUGAGUGUGAGAAAGCUCCAUUUGCCAUAAUGGAGCCUGCAGGCAUGUCAGCUCUGAAUGGGGAGUGCCUCAUGCAGCCAAGCCGGACUUGCUUGGGCUGCUUCAUGGAAUCCAAGGAUGCAGUAGAUCCUGAGCCAGGGAUCAGUCUAAAAGUCAGUGAUCUAAAUAGGGAUUAUGAAACUUGUGCAGUCUCUGAUAUAGGGAUUCAGUGUAUUAAUGCUGGAGAAAACAUGAAAUAUGGAGAGCAGCUGCUCUCAGACCAGCUCCUAGGCUUCCCACUGCACAAAUCAAGGGCAGGAGAUAGACGAGAAGCCGAGAAACCUGACAUUGACUUGGAGGACCCAGCUCAGAAAAGUUAUUAUGAGGCAUUACUAUUAGAUAAGUGCAAUACGGAAGAGGCUUUGCUGGCAAAUUCCAAUCAGGAUUGGGGUUACUUUGAGACUUUUAUUAGUGAGAGUAAGAUUGAACUUCUUGACCUCUGUUCCAAGAAUGAGCUGUCUGUCAACCUGUUCUCUGAAGAAGAUGUGGAUAACUACAUGUUCGAUGAUGAUGAGUCAACACUGGGCAGUGAUGUCUGCUCCCUGAAAAUUCGAUAUGAAUCCUUCCAGGACAACGUUCGAGACAAAACCACCCUUUUGAUGCAGGAGGAUGCCCAAUUCAACUUUUUUCCCAGUGUCUUCACUACCUGCCCCAAGCGGGAGUCUAAGAGUGGGGCCCUGAAGCAGAGCAGUGAUCUUUCCCAAUUCAAGGUCCCUGAUGUGAGCAUUAUCUGGGGGGAGGAAGAUAAAAUCUUGGACAAGAAGAAAGGCAAAGAAGAAGGCCAGGAAGACAAAGGUGUAGAGAAAAAAGAGGCAAAGGAUAAUGGAGAAAAAUCUGCCUUAAAUAAACCAUGCAGUGGACCUGAAGUAGGGCAAUUUAAGAAUCCAAAGCAAGGCCAUCUUGCCAAUUCCUUGGAGGCAUCGGGGAAUUUUAGUGAUGACAGUUCCUUCAUUGAGGUCUCUUAUGAUGCCAUGGGGGAGAUCAAGGACUGUAGCCGCUAUAUGGCUCGGGACACUAAUUCUGGCAGCUCCUCCUCCCAGCAGAAUUAUGGGCUGCGAGCCAAGAGAAAAGUCAGGUAUAGUGAAGAUUAUCUAUAUGAUGUUGACUCACUAGAGGGUGAAAAAGUAAAUGAGAGGAAGGAAUGGCUGCCAGGUGGUUGUAAAGAGGAAGAUGAUGAUGAAUGGUGUCCCAAAAAGAGAAGAAAAGUAACUCGUAAGGAGCCCCCUGUUAUUAUCAAAUAUAUCAUCAUCAAUCGUUUUAAAGGUGAGAAGAACAUGCUGGUGAAGUUGGGUAGGGUGGAUGCCAGUGAGACAACAGUGAAUUUGAGUGAGACGCAGCUCAACAAAUAUUCCAAGCUGGCCCCCUUGAAGGGCUUCUGGCAAAAGAAGAAAAAGCAGAGAAACAGCAAUUCAGACUCCAACAAAACACCCUUAUGCCAAAAGCAAAGCUUUGAACCAGGUAGCUUUGAGGUGUCAUUCCUGCCACCUGCUCGCAAACGAAAAUCUAAACUUGGCAACAGGCACAGGAUUCAAAGAAUCCCAUCCAUGGAAACUUCAGCAAGUGGUAAGCAGGUUUCAUUCUGCAAUGAUGAGAGGCAAGCUAGUAGUCGUAAAGAAGAUGGAGGCCUGAAAGGUACACUGAAGUCAGCACCUCUGGCUGCCCCCAGCUGUGCAAAUGGAUCACAUUUAAAUGACAUCACAGGCCCUGACUCAGUGAAAGUCAAAGCCCAAGAUGCACAAUUUAAGGGGCCAGAGAGGAAAGUGCUCAACAAAAUCAAAUUUAAAAGUGAAGCCAGGUUAAAAUCCAAGAAAAUCAAAGCUGGGCAAGAAAGCAAGCCAGUUGUUCAAAUGACCCCUCUUUUGGGAGACCAAUCUUCCAAGGCUAAUUCAAAGAAUGAAGCUAUUCCUGGGACCUCAAACGGUUCACAUCUAUCUGAAUUUCAUGAGACAAAGGUUGCUAAGAAUUCUACUUUCCUACCAACCACUUGCUCUUCUGAAAUGCCUCUAUCAUCUGCUCAUGUUGCCAACAAUAUACCUGUUAUCCCUGGAGGGUAUUUGCAGACAUUGUUAGAUGCUUCUGACUUGUCAAAUAAUACUGGCAUUUCAUACUUCACUCAGCAUUCUCCAGAGCAAAAUGAAGUCAGCCUCACUCAAACAGAAAAAUCAUUUGUACCUCUCCAGCCUGCCCAGGACUGUGUGCUUUCCUCGCCUUCUGAGUCUGAGCUGCUUCAAUCAUCCCAAAACUUCAAAAUGGAAUCAAGCAACUAUGGAAAUGUGUGGCCCAACAAACCUACUUCUGGCACCCAGGAAUUCAUGGCUGCAGUCUCAAGGGAGAUAGCUCCAAACCAAUCAUGUGAAUUUGGAGUCUCCCAAGUAGUUUCCAUGGAAAAUAACCUCACAGCUACAACAUACAAUCCGAUCUGCCUCAGCAGCAGUGGCAGUAGUUGCAACAAGGUCCUGUAUGCGUCUGUGCAAGACACCCAGCUCUCAUCUGAUGACUCUUAUCAAUUAUGUCACUUUAAUAAUGGAGAGACCUGCUUUCCUUUCCAGCAGGGUCCAGUGAAUAUGGAUGAUGGGCGGCUCUUUAGCUUUGAUUCCAUGGCCCCACUCUCUGUCGACUCAAGCAAUUAUUGCUCCUUAAGCUUGAAGUCUUGUGAAAAGGAUGGUGAUGAUGAUAUCACUGAUGACUUCCUGGCCCACUGCAGCCCCAAGCUGGUGAUCCAGCAGAGCAUUGAUGAAAUAGCACCACUAAAGGAGUCCACUGACCUCCUGGAUAUCUCCAACUUCACUCCUGACAAAUUCCGCCACUCUUCCCUCUCAGAGAUGUCCCCACCUGACACCCCCAGUCUUUCCCCUCAGAUUACCAGAUGUGAGAGUAUCAAGACACUAGGAACACUAAAGGUGUUCCAAGAGGGUGUCCCAGGAAUACUGGGCAAUAUGGAAAAAAUCAAAUGGGACUGCAGUACCCUUUCACGGCAGGUCCAAGUGGAUGAUGGAUUUACUUUAAAUAACCAUCAGUUUCAGUUCCAUAUGUUCAAUGAUGAGGAUUCUGUCAGCCUGCUCCAAAAAGCCCCUUGCUUAUCAGCGUUUAAUGAUCCAUCUGGUCAAAUGAGUACCAACAACAAGGUGUCAAAAUCAAGAAAGAAAAGUUCACCCAACAAGAGUGGGGCUACGAACCAAAGCUCUUCUCAGAAAAACAACAGGAAAAAAAACCCCAAAGCCAACAACAAAGGGAUUGAAAAACCACCUGGCAAAACCUCCCGCCAGGUCCCUAAGUCAACAAAGAAAGGGAAAUUCAUGGCUGCAGUCAAUGGAGAGAAAAUGCAAAUUGGCAUCGGUCGUGGAGGAGGCCAAGUCAACAGCAUAUCCUCCACAGGGAAGACUUUGGCUGAAUGUAUCCAGCAUAGUGGCCCUGUGGCCUCUAUGAAGAUGCCAAGUCAGAAGGGACUUUCUGGAGAUUGGUCUUUGGGGAAGGAGAGCAGCCCAGGCUGGAGUGACAUGAGCAUGGGCACCAACACCAACAACCUUCUGGAUGAUGAUCAACGGGAAUUUCAGGAGCCUUCUUAUAUCUUGUCCAACAUUGCCUCUGGUAUGGCAGAUGUGCAGAGAUUCAUGAUGGCCUCCAUAGAGCCCCUUUGCGAACCCAUGGAGCACCAUGGAGACCCCAAUAUAUUCUACUCCCCUGAGUCCAAUAGUCUAAAAUUAAAAACCCUCAAAAUAUUGGCUGGGACACCACAGGAAUCUAAGAAAAAGGCCAACAGUGGCUCUCCAGGAGCCACUAAGAAUCACAGGUCCAUCAAGGGUGUGAGUAAAAGCAAUGGGAAAGCAGCGAUAGGUGAUCCUGGUCGUGCAAGCAUGUCUGGUUAUAACGAGGACUCUCGCUCUUCCUUCUUUGAUAAAAAGUAUAAUAACCUGAGCACUUUAGGCAAUAAUGGACCGACACACAAAAAGUUAUAUCGUCACAAAACCAGCUCCAAGGCCCUGAGAGAUGAGAAGUGUAAGGGAAAGCGUAUGGAGCGAGAACAGGUCCACAAGGAUGAGGCUGGGACAGCUUCUUUUGAAAAACUGAGGGAUUCCGACUACAAUCUCCUAAAAGCAGAAACAGCAUUUUGGGUUUUACCUGUGUUUGAAGAAGAGACUCCCAUUUUCCAGAAAGACAUUUGAUGUUUGUGUUUUAUUUCUUUCAAAAUAUGCCUUGUGGUAUGUGUGUUGACAUGUAAGUGCUUAAAGAAAAGAAUUUUAAAGUGUGGGAAUAAGUCUUUGGAAGCAAACUUUAAUCUGAUGUUCUAUGUAAAAGACUUUAGAAGUCAUACAGUUGCACAAAGUAGUUUAUGCACUGUUUACCCAAGGGGAAAGGAAGUAAAACAUUGUGCCAAACUACAAAAAAGUGACUGUAUUGUAUAUAUUUUUACUUCUAUAUCAACAUUUGGUUGUGAGUAUUUGGGGAGCUUGUCCCUGUUAAUUUACUAGAAACAUUCCAGUGAUUCUUGCUAUUAACCACCCCCACUUAUGUGGAUAGCACCUGUAGAUCACAGUGGAAAAAUAUGUUGUGUUACACAAUUUACCAAAACUUAAAGGAUACUGUUUGAAAUGUGCCAAAUUUCCUUACCUCAUCUCACAGAUUCACCCCACAUUUUAAAGCUCAUUAAUUAAGUUUUAAAAUAUAUAUAUCUAUAAGCAUACAUACAUUAUUUUAAAAAUUUAAAUUCUACUGUCCUGUGUGGAAACAUGAACCAUUAAACAAGGCACAAUAAAGGUUUGUUUGUUCCAUUGUAUAAGGGUUAAAGUGUUGGAAAAGUCUGGAAGUCACAACAGCUAAGUCCAUCAGGGACCCAAGUAUAUGCAUUUACAGAAACUUUUACAAGGAAACAAAACAGCUGCUUUAAAGUUUGUUUUCUAAAAGCAAAAUCUGUAGCUGAAAAUUAUUUAAAGUGCAAAGUUAUAUUGCUGAUACUUUAUAUCUCAGUUUUAUAUAUUUUAUAAUAGUCUGGGAUAAAUUAUAAAAUAGCUAUAAAAUUAACACUAAGAUAAAUGAAGUACAUAGAUUGCUUUUAUUUAAGUAGUUUCCUAAAUGUUUUAUUCCAGUUUUGUCAAAAGUGCACUCAUAUCAUGGCUUUAGUGUUAAGUGUUUAAUCUUGCAAUGCCAAUGUCAUUUAAAGAAAAUGUUAAGGCAUCUCAGUUUGACACCUAUGAAUCACAUUCGAUAAGCUGAACAAUUUGUGAUAACAACUAAUUGGGGCCAUAUAUACUUAGUCUGAACAUAACUAGUAUUUGAUGCCACACACUAAACUUAAUUCCCAAUCUUUAAUAUAAAUUUUUGAAAUCACAUUUUUUUAUUCAAGCCCUUUCCCUUUUUAAAAAAUUUCACAGCUUCAGCAUCCCUCACGACUAGCUUUUUCUUCCCCUUUCUUCACCACUUGACUUCUAACAUUUGGUCUAUUUUCCUUGCACAGUUGAAGGCCUGUGUGUCUGAUGACUGUUGCAUUAUGGCACAGAUGAGAUAAUGGAUGUGAAAGCGCUUUGUAGAUCGUAAAGUGCUAUAGAGAUAUAGGGGAUUCAUAUUAUUAAUAUUGUUGGUUGUUGUUGUUGUUACUCUUACUAUUCUUACUAAUAUUGUUACUAACCUAUUAACUUGUGAAUAUAUAGG